UUUUUAUAUAAAAAACCCAUGAGUUAGUUGCUUUAAACAGAAGUCGCUGAAUUGUCAGAGAUUUCUCACAGGGAGAAGUGAAACAGGCGAUGGCUGUUGUCUUGGAUUUUUACGUGUACUGGAAAAAUUUUUCUAACAACUUCAUUUCGACAAUCAAGCAUACCAUAGGUGAAGGAUAUUUGUAUAGAGAAACACUUAGCAUUAUCUUUAUUCUCACGCUUCCCGCUGCUUUGCAUAAAUACUUAAACAUUUUACUUUCACAAUUGUAAGAAUUGUUUAUAGUAAAUUAUUGCUUGUACUUGAGCUUUUUGUUAGUAUAUGUAAAAAUUAAAAAGACAAAUAUUCUUUAUUUUCAUUGGGAUAUGCUUGGGAGCCUCGCUCAACUAGGUGGGCAAAUUCCUUAAGGUGAUCAAGAGCGUCGUAUUAUAGCGUCUUUUGCGUGUAGAAUAGCUAUUUUAAAGAUGUCAAUCUUCUUGAUAUUUUUCUUUAUCAUAAGUCAAUUUCUUUAUGAUUUGGAAGGUGCUCCAUUAAACAAUAAAGAAAUUUCGACAAAAUGCUAUCUCUGCUCAGAAGAGACUGGAGGUUGCUCUUCUGAAAACAAUCUUCAGAUUGAACAUUGUUCAUUAGAAGAUCAUUUUGACAAGUGUAUUGUCAUACAGGCGUUUUCACGAACAAAAAAUUUAACAGUCAUCAAACGCGAAUGUGCAUCACAAAGAUCUUGUGAACAAAGAGAAUCCUGUGCAGAUCCUGAUUUUAGUGACUGUCGUUUCGAAUGUUGCUCUGGUGACCUCUGUAAUAACUUUAACUUUACGGAUGACAAGGCUACUGUGCAUACAACUUCCAAAGCAGGACUUUCUAUUGCCACAGAAACAACAAAAAGUAACGUUAAGUCAGCUGAAGAGCCUUCUGAUGUAUUAUCUGGUCCUGAGAAUACUUUGAAUUCAGCAGAAGGAGACCCUUGUACAGAUUUAGACCGUUCCUGUCCAGUCUACGUGGCUUCUUCUAACUUGGAUAUGUUUUGCAAAGACAACUUCGAGUUCACCAAAUUUGCUUGCCGAAAGACUUGCAAAUUCUGUUUACCUGCUGAAGAAAAAGUAGAAAAGACGACAGAAAAGCCCACAGAGUCUUUAUCUACAGAAGAAUCAUCAAAAGCCAAUGAACUUGACAGAAUGACAAAGAAAUUUGACCCUACAAUUCGUUCAGAUUGUCGUGAUAUAGAUCCACAAUGUUCAGCAUACGCUCAAUCAUUCUGUGAGAUAAAUAAACAAUAUUCGAAAUUAGCUUGUGAAAAGACCUGUGGUUUCUGUGUCCUUCCUGGUGAAAAGUCAACGGUUCCUUCUACACAAAAAUCCACUGUCACAAAUGACAAGUCUACUGUGCAUACAACUUCCAAAGCAGGACUUUCUAUUGCCACAGAAAGAACAAAAAGUAAUGUUAAGUCAGCUGAAGAGCCUUCUGAUGUAUUAUCUGGUCCUGAGAAUACUUUGAUUCCAGCAGAAGGAGACCCUUGUACAGAUUUAGACCCUUCCUGUCCAGUCUACGUGGCUUCUUCAAACUUGGAUACGUUUUGCAAAGAAAACUUCGAGUUCACCGAAUUUGCGUGCCGAAAGACUUGCAAAUUCUGUUUACCUGCUGAAGAAAAAGUAGAAAAGACGACAGAAAAGCCCACAGAGUCUUUCUCUACAGAAGAACGAUCAACACCAGAACCUUCAACACCAGAACCAUCAACACCAGAACCAUCAACACCAAAACCUUCAACACCAGAACCAUCAACACCAGAACCAUCAACACCAGAACCUUCAACACCGGAACCAAAGACUACAAAGAAAGGAAAUCUAGCUGUCAAUUCAGAAUUAUCAUCAGAACUAUCUACAACAGAAUCAUCAAAAGCCAAUGAAGUUGACAGAAUGACAAAGAAAUUUGACCCUACAAUUCGUUCAGAUUGUCGUGAUAUAGAUCCACAAUGUUCAGCAUACGCUCAAUCAUUCUGUGAGAUAAAUAAACAAUAUUCGAAAUUAGCUUGUGAAAAGACCUGUGGUUUCUGUGUCCUUCCUGGUGAAAAAUCAACGGUUCCUUCUACACAAAAAUCCACUGUCACAACCAAAAAAUCAACGGUUCCUUCUACAUCAACAGCCACUAUCACUAGUGGAAAAUCAACGGUAUUUUCGACCCAAACAGGUAUUUCAUCAGAUUGCGAAGAUUUAAGGAGUGAUUGUAGUGAAUUCAAGAAGAUGGAUUAUUGUAGAUUGUUUUCUUUACUAUCGGAUUCUGGUUGCCGUAAAACAUGUGGACUAUGUGACUUUAUUGCUGGACCUACGGGUGUAGAUUUUUCACCCGAUACAACAACUGUAGAGAGCUCUGAAGGAACAAAGUUACCUCCGGAGACAACCAAGUUGCUAAACACAGCUCCAACAACGUCAAAGAGCAAUAUCACUGUGACGUCAUCAAUGAGUACGAAGAUCAGUACAACAGAAGCCAUAACAAAACUUGUCACAAAGAGCUCUCUAGGGCCAAAGAUAAAUCAAAAAGAUUGCUAUGAUAAAAGAACAAAAUGCGCAACGUUUGCAAAAUAUGAUGGAUAUUGUGAAUAUUCUAGAGAUUUUAUGAGCAUAAAUUGUCCAAAAUCUUGUGGAUUUUGUGAUGGCAAUGGAUCUAAUGUCGUAAUAAAAACAGAAACUACAGUACCAUCAGAAAGUAGCCAAGUCAUGACUCCAUCUAAAAGUACAAGUGAAAAGAUUUCAACAUCUACCACCUCGGAAAGCUCACGUGAUACAAGCACGACAGAUAAUCAAGUACAACAAGGACCUGAUGUUUCCAAUCCGGGCAACAUACGAAUUCUUACACCAGCCAAUCCGGAAACGUCUCCGUAUGGAAACAAUCUGCGAUGGAAAAUUUGGCCUUGGAGUGAGUGUGAAAAUGGACAGCAAUGGAGAGUGGUUCGAUGUUAUCAUUUAUUUAAUGAGAUAGAUUAUCAUGUCACAAUAAGAGCAUGCAUUGAACACGUUUCCCCAAUGCCUUUGAAAUAUCGUAACUGCUAACUGAACAAGAAUCAAUUCUAUUUAUCAAUCAUCACGACAUACGCAAAAUCUUUUUCAGUUUCAUACAUAAAAGACUUUUAGUUCUAUAUAAAAGCACAUUUAUUUGUAGGUUAGUAGAUAUACAUACACUUUACUAGCAGUAACAAUGUAACAAAUAUUUCAUAUAUUGCUAUUCAUCAUCAUUUACAUUUACCAAGGAAUAUUUUAAUUUAGUUAAAUAGAGUUGGUUUAUAUACUGAAUAUAUAUCAAAUAUAGUAACUAUAUGUUAGUCUGGUAAUAGUUUUUUUCGGAUUCAAAACUAACGUUUCAUA